AUGCCUGCGUCUGCUCCGUGUGCUGUCGGCGGUUCGAGUGAGAGGCAAUUGCCGUCUGCUGGCACGAACGACGCUAGAAGUAAAAUACAGCUGAACCCUCUCGACUGGGCGUAUCGCGGCGAAGGUUCCGCGAACAUCGUCAUGUCUUACUGCGGCCAUGAUCCAUCCCUGAAAGGCAUGGUGCUGCGCGUGUGCAAGGAACGGCCGGAUUCUCACCAUCCAGGAGCGGAGGUCGUGGCUGGGGAGUCCCUAUCUGGAGGUUCGGCAGGAGCCUCGGAAGCAGGCUCGGCAUCAGGCUCGGCAGCAGGCUCGGUGCAGCCCGAGCCUGUGCUGCGUCCGGAGGAGCGGGAGCUGUGGGGAGAAGUGGUGCCGGAGCUGGCAGUGGCUCCGGAUAGGAUCGACCUGCUUCAUCAAUAUGUGUCGAGGGUGAUGGCUCCUCUGUUAGGAGACGAAUUCGUGGAAGCAGGGACGACAGUGAAGGUCCCGCGCAGUUUUCUCCAAGAGGUAGCAGACCACAUCCGCCCUAAACGGCCCCCCUGGCGGCAGGCUCAGGGCGACGUGGACCUUCAGAGAGGAGAGGCGCUGCUGGUGACAGAUCUGACUCAUUUGCACCUGGAGGAUGAGGAGUGGGAGGAGGACUGGGAGGAGACGGUACGGGAGGCAGGGCACGGGCACAGGGGGUACAAUGGCACGACUUUCUGUAUCGAGCUCAAGCCCAAGACCGGGUUCUGCCCCUCCUCCCCCUGCAUCGCGCCGACCAAUCAAAUCAAGACAGCUGUCGCGCGCUUCCCCAUGCACCAGCAGCUGAAGCUGUCAGAAGGGGAGGUGGCACAGAGCAGCGCGUACAACCCCCUAGACCUCUUCUCCUCCUCACGCCCCCGCAUUCUCUCUGCUCUGAGAACGUUAAUUGAUAACCCGCAGAACAACCUGAGGAUUUUUGCAGAUGGGAAGUUGCUGUUGGGGGGGCAUAUUCACAGGCGGGCGGACAGGGGGAAGGGGAAAAAGGGGAAAGGGAAAGGGGAGAAAGGGGAGAAGGUGGGGGACGAUGUGCAGGUUGAGAGAGGGAAUUCGUUGGAUUUAGCAGCGUUGAGAAGGGAGGAGAAAGCGCAGGAGGCAGCAGGCUUGGCUGCUGCUGAAGCAGCUCUGGAAGGGUUUGUGUGUGUUGGGAAGGAGCAGCCCAGCAGUGAUUCCAACACAACAACUGCUGCUGCUGCUGGUGCUGCUGCUGGUUCUGGAUUACCAGCAGCACAAUCACCGUCCUCUGCACCUCAUCUGAGUCAUCCUCGGGUUGACGCUCUCUUAUCCCUGGCAACAGAGUGCCUCGUGCAGUGUGGGGCACUGGAGAAGCUGCUGGCGGCACAGAAGCUGGAUAAGUGGGACAUUGAAGGCACGAUUCAUGCUUAUAACGAGUACAUGAAGCAGAGGAAGUCAAUGCCUUCAGCCCCUGCUGCUGAUGCUGGUGCUGGUGGUGCUAGUACUGCUGCUGGUGCUGCUGGGGUUCCAAAAGAGAUCAUGGAAGAUUGCAGGAAGGUUCUUCGCGAUUUCCUCAUUGCAGCCACGGCAAAGGACUGUGGGAUCAUGCUGGCACUCCGAGCAGCCAUUCCUGGGGAGACUCUGGAAGCUUCACAGAAGCUUCGCAGCGUUGUGUGCCCGUCCAGCGGCCGCAAGUAUUUCUACAGGCUUUCCAUAAUGGAUCUGGACAUCAAGCCGCUGCGAAAGAUGCGAAAGUACUGGAGCAUGGACCAGCAGAUUGUCAGGCACUACUGCUCUGUUACACGUGACGCGAAUGCAUGA